CCCAGACUCCGCCCGUUUCCCGCUUCCAGGGCCCGGUUCGUUCCCGCCCCCACCCGUCCCUCUCCUCUGCACCCCUACUGCUUCUGCUUUGAAGGCGGAGGCUCCAUGUUGUCCCCUCAGCGAGUGGCAGCAGCUGCCUCAAGAGGAGCAGGUAAUGCCAUGGAGAGCAGCAAGCCUGGUCCAGUGCAGGUUGUUUUGGUUCAGAAAGAUCAACAUUCCUUUGAGUUAGAUGAGAAAGCCUUGGCCAGCAUCCUCUUGCAGGACCACAUCCGAGAUCUUGAUGUGGUGGUGGUUUCAGUGGCUGGUGCCUUCCGAAAGGGCAAGUCCUUCAUUCUGGAUUUUAUGCUACGAUACUUAUAUUCUCAGAAGGAAAGUGGCCAUUCAAAUUGGUUGGGUGACCCAGAAGAACCGUUAACAGGAUUUUCAUGGAGAGGGGGAUCUGAUCCAGAAACCACUGGGAUUCAGAUCUGGAGUGAAGUUUUCACUGUGGAGAAGCCAAGUGGGAAGAAGUUUGCAGUUGUUUUGAUGGAUACCCAGGGGGCAUUUGAUAGCCAGUCAACUGUGAAAGACUGUGCUACCAUCUUUGUUCUAAGCACUAUGACUAGUUCUGUUCAGAUUUAUAAUUUAUCCCAGAACAUUCAAGAAGAUGAUCUUCAACAGCUGCAGCUCUUCACAGAAUAUGGUCGUCUGGUAAUGGAUGAAAUUUUCCAAAAGCCUUUCCAGACACUGAUGUUUUUGGUUAGAGAUUGGAGUUUCCCUUAUGAAUAUAGCUAUGGACUCCAAGGAGGAAUAGCAUUUUUGGAUAAGCGUUUACAGGUGAAGGAACAUCAACAUGAAGAAAUUCAGAAUGUUCGAAAUCACAUUCACUCAUGUUUCUCCGUUGUCACCUGCUUUCUCUUACCACAUCCAGGACUCCAGGUGGCCACAAGCCCUGACUUUGAUGGGAAAUUAAAAGAUAUUGCUGGUGAAUUCAAAGAGCAGUUACAGGCACUGAUACUGUAUGUAUUAAACCCAUCUAAGUUAAUGGAAAAGGAGAUCAAUGGCUCAAAGGUCGCCUGUCGGGGACUACUGGAGUAUUUUAAGGCAUAUAUUAAAAUUUAUCAAGGAGAAGAUCUGCCUCACCCCAAGUCCAUGCUUCAGGCCACUGCUGAAUCCAACAAUUUAGCAGGUGUAGCCUCUGCCAAGGACAUUUAUUAUAACAACAUGAAGGAAGUUUGUGGGGGAGAGAAACCUUAUUUCUCUCCAGACAUUCUAGAGGAGAAGCACUGUGAAUUCAAACGACUUGCUCUGGACCAUUUUAAGAAGACCAACAAGAUGGGUGGGAAGGAUUUCAGCUUUCAUUACCAGCCAGGAGCUGGAAGAGGAAAUCAAGGAAUUAAAUUAUAUGAGAACUUCUGCAAGCACAAUGGUAGCAAGAACGUCUUCAGCACCUUCCGAACUCCUGCAGUGCUGUUCACGGGCAUUGUACCUUUGUACAUGGCCUCAGGCCUCACUGGCUUCAUAAGUCUUGAGGUUGUAGCCCAGUUGUUCAACUGUAUGUUUGGACUACUGUUAAUAGCGCUCCUCACCUGGGGCUACAUCAGGUAUUCUGGUCAAUAUCGUGAGCUGGGUGGAGCUAUUGAUUUUGGUGUUGCAUAUGUGUUGGAGCAGGCUUCUUCUUAUAUCGGUAAUUCCACUCAGGCCACUGUGAGGGAUGCAGUUGUUGGAAGACCACCCAUAGAUAAAAAAGCUCAAUAGCAUCUUAAUAUGAAGAUCAAACAAGAACACAAGGAGCCCCUACUGAUUUCUGGGUUUCUGCCAAGGCCACAGGUUCAUAUCCAGAGGAAUGGCAGAUCUGAGAUGAUCCAGGAAGAGCUAAAACAUGGCCCUGUAAUAAAUGAGCAGACCUCUCCUGUGGUUUCAAAUUAUUAAACACACUUCCAUUUCUCUUGAAAGCAUUUCUUUUCCUUGCUGUUAUA